GAUCUAGGCCUGCAGGCAAGUGGAUUCAAAUUCUCCCGGCAAAGCCGUUAUCGAAAGGUGAAUUAUCAUCUCAUCAGCUUUUUUGUGAUCCUUCUUAUCAAAUGUAUACAACUACUGUAUUAAUAUUUUAAAAUGUUUCAUUAUGGUUUCAUUCUUAAGGUUAAUCAAAAGAAAGGAAGUGCAACCAAAAGUGUACGUAAGAACAGAAGAUCAAGCUUUGCCCAAGGAAGAAAGAAACGAAAGUCUCUGCUCUUCUCAUCUGCUCCUGAAAAAUCUGGUAAGUACUACUUAAUAUAUAAUAAUAAUAAUAAUAAUAAUAAUAAUAAUUAUUAUUAUUAUUAUUAUUAUUAUUAUUAUUAUUAUUGUUUUUUUGUUUAAAGUUUUUUUCAUUUCUCAUAAUUUUCUUGGAAAGGUUUCUAGAGUUGCUUAAUUGGUGGCUUAAAAUGUGUGAAAUAGUCUUUGGAUUCAUGGAAAACACUGUGUAGCUGUGAAAGUCAAUUCAAAGUAUGUCCACUUUAUGAAAGUUAAUGUUAUCAUUAUUUUGGUCUUCAAGCCGUAUUUAUGUUCUCUUGCUCAGACAGCUAUAUACUGCCAAACAAAACUACGGUCCUUGCUAGUUGCCUGACACCUUUUCUGACAUAAUUUUCUUUUAUUACUAAACAAAACUGUUGAUGAUAAUCAUAUACACUCAUAAAAAAGGUUUUGACAGAUGAUGUAAAGCUUUUAAAUUGGGUCAUGUUAGGUCAUUUUGAAAAAUUAUCUAGGCGGGUUUUUUUUUUAUCAAAUUUAAAUUUUUAAUGAAUAAUAAAAAAUAAAAAUGUUGAGUCAUAAUAAACCACUACCGUACCUGACAGCUGACUGAUUGAUGUCAUUGUUGCAUGCACACCUUUCAUUUAUUUGAUAUCCAAUGUCUAUGUACAGUCCUCAGCAAUUCAUAAGAAACAGUUCCUGCUUUCUCAUCCCAGAGCACUACAAAGAGAUUCCCAUAGAUUUGCCACCUGAGGCAAGAUUAAGAAAACUAUUUGAGGCUUGUCUCAAGGUAAGAAAAACUUUUCCUGUCAGUGACACGUAUAAUAUGUUUAAACAACUAAAGACUCUGAAAAGUAAUCCCCAAAACUGUCAAUGUUGCUUCUAUCCAGCAACAGCCCCUAAAAUGUGUGAGUACUAAUGGUUACUUUUAAAAAACAGCUAUUAACAAGGGUAACUCUCAAGCGAAUUUUUUUGUUAAAAUUGUUGAAAACUUAAGUUGCUGUUGCUGGCGCUGAUUUUUGUGUACUCUUUUGUGUCUCUAUUUUAAGUACUAUUAAAAAAGUAAUUAAUUUUUACAUUGAAGGGUUUAACCUUUUUUUCUUCAAUUAUAUUAGGAUGCAGUAGAGAAAUUGGAUAGUAAUUUGUCUGAAUGCAGUGUUGAUGGAAUUCCUAACUUUGCUGACGAAGGUAGAUAUAAUGCAGGAUCCUGAGACUCUUAACCCCUAACUCCAUUUAAAACACAAAUUUCUCACGUUCUUGCUGAUUAAGUGUGGAUUCAGACUUUAUUCUCCUGUUACAGUAAGACCUUUAAUCUCAAAGCUAAUUUCCUCUGUAGGACAAGAAUAGAAUACAGAUGGAGUACAGGCAUCACUCUCACAGUAUAUUGAGAGCAUUUGCUUUUUUAUGAGGUUUUUAGACCAGAAGAUAUGGUUAUCCUGUAAGAAUGAUAUCUGGGCAUGUAGAAAAAAUGCUCUGACUGUUUAAGACACUCUUGUACAAUAUUUUUUUGAUCAUCUCCAGUAAUGUGUACUACUGAUUGUAGCUUCAGUGCUACCAGGCUACUUUCAAAAAAUGCAUGUUCAGCAUAAACAAAAUCUGCCUGUACUGUUGAAAUGAAUUUAAUGGCAUAAUUUUUUUUUUAAUUUUUUGAAGCAAAGGAAGUUUUCACCCAUUUGCAAGCCCUGAUAUCAGAAAGUGAUAUAAUAGACGAGGCUUUUAAACCACCCAAUAGUGACGUAAAGUAAGUGGCAGUAACAUGUAUUGUUGUUAGUUGCUGUGUAACAUUGGUUGCCAGGGUGGUACUCCCUAUAAUGACAUAUACGGGGAAGCUCCGCCCGAAAGGGGUAUCUUUUUCAGGCUUCAGGAAAAUGAAAGGGUAGGGAUUUCACGAGUUGAAGUAUAUAAAAGGGUGGGGAAAUCUGUCAUUUGGGUCUGUAAAAGCGCCUAAAAGGGCUAACAGAUGAAUUUUAUGGCUUAAAAAAGUCACGAAAACGUACUAUUUUGUGAUUGAUUCCUAUUUAAAAGACAGUGCAUUUACAGCAGUUAAAAGGGAUGCAAAGUUCUAAACAAGGUAUAUAUGGGGAGCAAGGGUGGCGCAGUGGUGAGAGCACUCGUCUCCCACCAGUGUGGCCCGGGUUCAAAUCCCGACGUCUAAGCCAUAUGUGGGUUGAGUUUGUUGUUGGUUCUUCCCCUUGCUCCGAGAGGUUUUUCUCCGGUUACUCCAGUUUUCCCCUCUCCUCAACAACCAACAUUUCCAAAUUUCAAUUCGACCAGGGAUCAGGUAGAUAAAGAACCACUGUGUGGAUGUGCUACCUACCACUUGUCAAUAGAAGAUAAACGAAAGUGGUACCUUUUGCAUGAAAAAUGAUAUAUAAAAGGGUAGGGGGUUGGACCUUGGGGUGGAGCCUCCCCGUGUAAACAUUUGUUGAGUACUCCCCCCCCCUCCCUAGGGCAUUGGUUUUCCUGUGUAAAUGUUUUUUUCUUGUCAUUGAGUUUUACUGUUGUGCCUACUUUUUCCACCCACCAUACACAUGCCCACAAAUUGACAUGCACCAGAGAGACAUCUGGAAACAAGGCAGCUCCUGGAUAUUAGGCUUAGUUCAAGGAUUGUAUUGAAGAAAAUUGCUGUUAUUUGUUUUUAUCCUCCAUACAACAUCCUAUUACAAAAUGUCAUAUUGUGGUCAAGAAAGUGACAGCAAAUAAAUGUACCAAACUUUUUAAUUCAUGUGCAGUAGAGUUGUUGUUUUGAUUAUAAAAUCUACUGCUUGUUUGACUUUCCUGAUGUGUCAUUAUUGUUAUGGCUUGCAGUAGCGGCCAAUUUUUAUCAUUUUUAAUAGCACUUUGGAAAGAUGUGAAAUAAAAGACUGUAUGGUAUUUACGCACUCGUUUUUGUAUCAGAAAUUUCACUCGUCGGAUUUCUGAUACGUCAACAUAUCGUGCGUACAGCUGUUAAUACUGUAUGCGCGCACUUUCCAUGAAGUAUUUUAUAUCUACUUUUUUGUUCAUACAGGCAAAUUCCCAACCCCAAAAAUCAGGAACUGGAAGCAAAGCUAACAUCAUGUUUGGCUGUCACAGAAAGGUGUGUUUGUAUGAGUCAGUAAAACGUGCGUGUUUAACCCUUUAAGACCCGAGAGUGACGAAAAUCAAUUUUCUUCUAAUGAUAUCAAUACAUAAUCAAGAGAAAAUGUUGUGAGAAUAUAUAAAGUAAUCACUUUAUGGAAUACGAUGUGAUCUUCAAACAAAUUCUCCCAACUAAUUCAUCGAGGAAAUGUAUGGAGAUCAGUCUUGAGAAUUUGUAUUUGGAUUUAAGGGGUUAAAAUAUUUCCGGUCACAGGUGGGUGUAGUCCCUACCCAGACGUUUUUUUGUGCCUUCUUGCAACACUCCUAGGAGGGUUCACUGAGGGUUGCACGACGACUCAAAAAACGGCUGGGUAGGAGACUUAGUUACAGGUGAUUAACUUAUAUUUAGUAAAAAGCAGUACAAAAGUUUGAGGACUACAGCCUGUAGCUCCGUCUGUAGAGCGCUUUACUGCAGAGCGAAAUGUCGCAGGUUCGAUUUCCGGGUCCGGACUACAUGUAAUACUCGGGGUCUUAAAAUAAUUGAGAAAUGAAGGUACUUCCUUUGCUCUGCAAAUGAAUGAGACGUAAAAAUAAUGUCCUUUUAUUACUAGUAAUAGUUGAAACUAAAGCUGACCCCGCUCUGUAUGUUGUCAGUCAAUUGUAUUCUUGGUCUUGGUGUAGCUCUUUGAAAUAUACAGAUUCAUUAAAUAUUUCCACGCAUUAUACAUACAAUAGGUGAGAUAAAAGCAGAAAUGGAAGAUUCCAUGCACUGAUUCUGGUCAAUUUACGCAGCUUUGAUCAAAACACUCUCGGCGUUUCGACAAUUUUUUUUUAACUAAGACGAUACUUAAGACAUUACUUUGUUUGAAAAAAGCUUUACGGAGGGUCAUCUGUGAAAAAGGAAUACAUCAGUACAGAAUUUUAACCUCAUUUAAUUGUGGACGAAUUUCUGUAAUCGUCUACCUUUGACAGUCUACAUUUUCGCGGUGCCAGCUGCCGUGCGAAAAGGACUACUACGCACUUAACCCAUACCGCGAAAAUGUAGCCUCUUCCCGAAGAGUAUAGUAAUCUUCCAUCGUGCCCAAAUAAACUAGCUUGAUUCACUCUAUCCUGUCUAGCAAGCAUUUCCGUGCGGUUUAGGGGCAAAGAACGAGGAACGAGAGUCAAAGACCGCGCGAAAAAUGGCGUAAGUGAAAGAGCCCCUCCCCCCACUUUCAUUUUUUGGCUCUUGUUUCAUUUCUCGCGCGGCCAAAACCCGAGAAUCCCGUUCCUCGGCCUUUCUUUGCUACGAAACCAAACGGAAACGCUUGCUACGCAGGCUAGUCUACAACUCGUCAAUGGGACUUCAAAAUCCAAUGCUUCGGACGCCAGUGCGCUGAGUUUUUCCCGACUUUUUAAGGGCUCAAAACAUUGUUCGAGUUAUGAAGGGUAAAAUUAUAUAGAAAUGAUCUGAGGGUAAACAAAAAUUACUUCGAGUUAGCGGGAGGUUCGAGUUUACGAGGGUUCGAGUUACCGAGGGUAACAUCACAGUAAAUAUAUGAAGGAAAUCCAGGGGAAAUCGAUUUUGGUUCGAGUUAGCGAGAGUUCGAGUUAUCGGUAGUCAACUGUAGUUUAACUGUAAGUACUUUCCUUUAUAUACGGGCGAACUACUAGGAUGCCUCCUCGGGAUUUCGCCCUGAAGGCGAAAUCCCUGCGGGGGCAAGAAGUACUUUCGUGCUAAAUACACAAAUUUUUUCACACCUGUCUCAUACACGAAUCGUUGUCUAAAUCACUGUUCGGUUUAUUAAAGGCACAGCUCAAGCUUUUUAGUUUAUUUUCUCGUAAAAUUACAACCAUGGAAGCUUGGUAAAUGUAACGUCUUCUCAGUAGCCUCGUCUUUUUUAUACACAAGUAUUAUAACAGAUGCGGCUAAUCGAGUGAAUCAAUGACAUGCGGAAGGGAGUACGUGUAGCCUAUGCUAAACGCGGGAAGGUGAAACGCGUGUGCGCAACUUACAGUUUUACUUCUAAUUGAUUGACAAAGUGUCGCGAGAUUUUUUUAGCUAAAUGCAAAUCAUUGCAAAACCCGUAAAAACCCCUUGAAUGUAUUAUUUCAUGUGUUGCUUUUGCUAGAUUGAAGACAGAAAACGAAAAAUGGGAUAAACUGCUUUCAUUCCAUCAAGAACAAGUGGCAAAGAAAGAAAGGUACAGUAAUACGAUUUUCCUUUAUGUCUUAAUUAAUAUUUUCUUUUUACCUUGAGUAGUUUCCAUCCAUGCGUUUCGGGUAUAGGAGACAGCAUUGUUUAAAACAUUUUUUUGUUAUUCAACGAGUGAAACAAUGAAACAAUCUUUUAUUACAAGAACCCAUGCGUGUCUGGUUGACAAUUAUCAAUAGGUGACAUCAGCGUGAGUAUCGCUAUAGAAUGGCAAGUUAGAGGAGUCAGGUAUAGCUUAUUCUCUAUUGCAUCUUUUCCUUUUUUUCAUCAGUAUACUUGUACUUUCUUCUUUAAAACAGACGACAAGACGAAGAUUUCAAAGCCACUGACCAGUGUCCAGACUUCCUCUCUCCUGAGCAGCACCAAUUGCUUUCUGGGAAGCCAUCAAUGAAAGGUUUCACGGAGAGGCUUAGCACAAUGAAACAAGAGACAGUGACACAGGUCUGA